AACUGUUAUCCCAGUAAACUCAGUGAAAUUCUUAUCCUCGUAAAUAACAUAACAUAAGCCAGCAAUUGUUUAUUAAGAUAGCAAUAAGUUUUCCAUUCCUUUGAGUGCGUCGUGUUUUAUACAUACAUAAAUAGCUUAAUAGGUUAAGCUCUGAGAUGGCAUGGAUUUUUCCAUGAACAAAACUUUUCCUUUCUCCUAUUUUAGAACUAUGGAUGUGGCUGGUUACUGAUAUGAAGUCAUUAUCCACUGCAUAUUUUCCUAUAAAAACAAAGUCCAGAACUAGAAGCUGCACAGUAAUACUUUCUAUACGUCGCAAAAUGCAUUCGUAUAUCAUUGCAGCUUUAGCUUUCUUGAGCUACACGUGUGGCACUCCAACGAAUUCAGAAGCUCCCACUUUGAAUACAGCAAAGCCAGAGAAUUCCAAUUGGACCGUAGAGACCUCUACACCAGUCGACACAAUAGACUGGAACAAUGAGUUUUGGAUAACCACCACUCCGCUGCCUCCGAUAGUCACUUUGCCCGAUGCGGACAAGAUGAUUUUGUGCAAAUUUCUGGGUUCAUUUCAGACAUUUAGAACGUUGCUCUUCACAGUCAUCUGGUCCGCUAACAUGGAGUUCCUGUCCAACGCGGAGAAACAUUUCGCCAACGAGUUUCGAGAGGAAAUGGACCGGUCAAGCACCUCAUCUGAUCACGAUUACUUGGAAAUGGACCCAGUGCAAGCGAACGCAAUAUUUCAAAACGCGACUGCCUACAAGGACGUUGACCUUAAAUAA